AUGGCACCUCCACCUCAGACCAAAUACUGCAUCCUCUCCCACCCAACACCAGAGAUCCUCCUCGUAACUCUGAACCGGCCCAAGCAACUCAACUGUAUCAGCGCAGAAGGAAAUGAAGAACUAGAUGCCGUUUGGGAAUGGCUGGACGCGGAACCGAAACUAUGCGUAGGAAUCUUGACAGGCACCGGUCGUGCUUUCUGCGCAGGUGCUGAUCUGAAAGAAUGGAACCAAGCAAACGCAUCAGGAAAACAGCGAAAGAUGCCCCAAUCAGGAUUCGGCGGUCUCUCCCGCCGCAAAGGUCGCAAACCCGUCCUCGCAGCCGUCAACGGCAUCUGCUUCGGCGGCGGCUGCGAAAUGGCCAUCAACGCCGACAUGGUCUUCGCAUCAUCUGCUGCAACAUUUUCCCUACCAGAGGUGAAACGCGGUGUCGUCGCCAUAGCAGGAGCACUACCCCGUAUCGCCCGUGUGGUGGGCAAACAACGAGCCAUGGAGAUGGCACUAACAGGUCGCGUGCUAAAAGCCGAGGAAGCUCGAGAAUGGGGAUUGGUGAAUCGGGUGGUGGAUGGUGAUGUGGUGGAUGAAUGUAUAGCUGUGGCCAAAGAGAUUGCGGGAAACAGUCCUGAUGCUGUUAUUGUCAGUCGUGAGGGGGUCAAUUUGGCUUGGGAGGGUUUGGGUGCUGAUGAGGCGACGGAGAAGUUGAUUUCGGAGACUUAUCCGAAGUUGUUGGCUGGUGAGAAUAUUCAUGAGGGUGUAAAGGCUUUUGUUGAGAAGAGGAAGCCUGUUUGGAAGGCUAGUAAGUUGUGA